AUGAAAUUGUUCAUCGCUUUCAUUGCCAUUUUGGCCACCGCUAUAGCUACUCCACAGUUCAAAGAAGGACCACAGCGACCACAGCCACCUCAACGACCACUGUCGCCCCAGCGACUACAGCCACCCCAGAAACCUCAGCUGCCGCAACAACCACAGCUGCCUCAACAACCACAGCCACCCCAGCAACCUCAGCUGCCGAAACAACCACAGCUGCCUCAACAACUACAGCCACCCCAGAAACCUCAGCUGCCGCAACAACCACAGCUGCCUCAACAACCACAACCACCCCAGCAACCUCAGCUGCCGCAACAACCACAGCUGCCUCAACAACCACAGCCACCCCAGCAACCUCAGCUGCCGCAACAACCACAGCUGCCUCGUAUUAAGCAACCUCAGCUGCCGCAACAACCACAGCUGCCUCAACAACCACAACCACCCCAGCAACCUCAGCUGCCGCAACAACCACAGCUGCCUCAACGACCACAACCACCCCAGCAACCUCAGCUGCCUCAGCCACCCCAACAACCUCAGCUGCCCCAACAACCACAACCACCCCAGCAACCUCAGCUGCCGCAACAGCCUAAUACGCCAUCGACUGUCCAGCCCCCCAAAGUCUUUGUAGUCAAAGAGACCCCCUUUUACAACUCCGGUGGCACCGAUGGCUACCUGUACAACUGGUUAUACGAACUCUCCGAUGGUCAGAAACGCCAGGAGUCCGGCCAACUCGUGAGCAUCGGCCCCAAUCCCGAAGAUACCGUCCUUCGCGUCCGUGGAUCCUACAGCUACAUCAACCCCACCAACGGGCAGAACUACACAGUCACCUACGUCGCCGAUCAAAAGGGUUUCCAGCCUCAGAGCGCCCACCUGCCCAGAGUUUGA